UACUUUUUGUAUUUUACAUAUUUCCUUUACAUAAACUUUACUUUUACUGUGAAAUAGUUGUAUAAUAAACACUCAAGCAAUGGUGUCUUAUUUCACAUUGGAUGCAACGGGCGAGCCGGCCAACUUCCAGAAGGAAAUAUCAAAUAUGAUGCACGGAUUCGGUGAUAACCCCAAUCCUAACGCGGCAACCGUCGUACUGGUGGAGAAUAUAGUGCUGCAGCAACUCAGAUCCAUGAUACAGGAAGCUGCCGAAGUAGCCACGUUGAGGGGCCAGAAGAUUAUAUCUAAUUACGAGAUAAUUUAUUUGAUGCGUAAGAACAAAAUUAAGUUGAAGAGAUUGCAUGAUUACCAAGCCAAGUUAGACCAUAUUGAUAAGCGGCAAGUCGGUCUCGGAGGCCCCACUGACCCUUUGGUAGUCCAAGGGUUGAUGCUGGACGAUGAGAAAGAGCCCAUUCUAAAGAAGACCAAAAGGAAUCAUAUUUCUAUAAUCCGGGAGUUAGACACAGCUGAUGAAGUAAGCCUUAUAACAUUUGACUCUAUCGAUUAUUUGAGAAAAGUGAGGGCGGCCAAGAUUACUGAGACAAUGUCUUUCGAUAAAUAUGAAGCGUAUCAUAAAGCUCGCUGCAGCUCCUUCCGUACAGGUCAUUCAAAUAUAGCCAAGAGUUACAGUAAACUCGAGCUAUGGAUAAAUCCUUCAAAAGAGUAUAAAUUUACGCAAUCAGCAUUGGAAGUAUUAUCAUUCAUAGCGUAUGAGACUGUGGCCGAGAUAAUAGAUGCAGUUUUUCUCACAAGACAAGAUGCAAAGAAGAGGAAUGGUGACCCAUUUAGUAAAUUUGAGGGUGGACACUUCUGCAACCCCGCAAGCUUGACAAAUGCUGUGUAUAUAAAGUCUGGCUAUGAAGGAGUGCCGGCCAUCACCGUGGCAGAUGUAAGAGAAGUGCUUAGAAGAUAUUUUACACCAAGAACUGGCAUGAAUGGAUUGUUUUUCAGAAAUAUGAGCAUGGAAUUGCCCUCCAGAUAUAUUGCCUUUUAAGAUUAAUUGUUAGUUUAGUCUAGACAU